GAUGUAAAAGCGAGAUAAAGAUGAGCCUACAUCGUUUAGUAUCAACUUAAGUUAUCCCACACGUAUAUUAGUUGUACAGUCAACGCAGCCGUCCAUUUUAGUCGUUAAUUUUUUUUUAUUCAAUUUACAAUCAAUUAAAUGUCAUUAUUUAUUUAUUAUUUACAACAAUUGCUGUAGUGUAUUGCGAUUUUUAUUGUUUUUUUUUAAAGUGAAUUUGUACGAAAAGAUAAUAAGAAAAACUGUAAAAAAAAUAUAUUGUAAAUCCAAGGAAUAAGGAUUAAUUUUGAAAGAUGAAUACAGAGAAAUUUAGAAUCUCGUAUAUUUCUAUCGAUCUUGACCUUCGUCAACAUAUAUACACACGCGGAAAUAAUUUCUCUAGAAAGAGAGACAGAGAGAGAAACAGAAAGUGUGACCGUGACCACGUGUGUAUAAAAUUGGGUUUGGGCGCAACUUAGUUUUUUCGAUGACAAGUUCAAGAUCUUUGGUUUUACCAGUUUUGGCGGCAGUUGGAGCAGUUGUUAUUAUAGGAAUAGGAGUAAAGCUUUACCUCUUAUAUGUACCUGGUAAAAAUAAGAAACAAAAAAUACUUUUAGAGGAUCCUGUAGUUAAAUACAGUCUUCCAUUGAUUAAAAAAGAAAUUAUUAGUCAUGACACGAGGAAAUUUCGUUUUGGCCUUCCAUCCGAAGAACAUGUUUUGGGACUUCCAAUUGGUCAACAUGUGCAUUUAACAGCAAAAAUUAACGACGAAGUUGUUAUUCGUUCCUAUACGCCUGUAUCGAGUGAUGACGAUAAAGGAUACGUUGAUCUAGUCGUUAAAGUAUAUUUCAAAAAUGUACAUCCAAAAUUCCCUGAGGGGGGAAAAAUGUCUCAAUAUUUGGAAAAUUUAUCCGUUUCGGACACUGUUGAUUUUCGAGGACCAUCUGGACGUCUUGUUUAUAAAGGCGAAGGCAAAUUUACAAUUAAAUUAUUAAGGAAAGAACCUCCCGUUGAAUACAACGUAAAGAAGGUUGUCAUGUUGGCUGGUGGAACGGGAAUAACGCCAAUGUUACAAUUGAUUCGUGCAAUGAUCAAGGAUCCAAAGGAUCAAACGCAGGCAUCACUUUUGUUCGCCAAUCAAACCGAAAAGGAUAUUCUUCUACGAAAAGAACUUGAGGAAAUUGCGAAAAAAAAUUCUGAUCGUUUUAAACUUUGGUUCACACUCGAUACAAGUAGCGAAGGUUGGAAUUACAGUACGGGUCACAUUAGCGCUGAAAUGAUAUCCGAACAUAUGUUCCCACCGUCGUCGGACACAAUUGUCCUCAUGUGUGGACCACCACCAAUGAUUAAUUAUGCAUGUACGCCAAAUCUCGAUAAACUUGGUUACGACACAAAAUUGCGUUUCGCCUACUAAAAAAAAAAAGACAGAAAAAAUAGUUCUCUAAAAUUAAUUAUAUUAAAAAAAAGAGAGAAAAGUUACCUUUGUAGAUAGAAGAAAAAAAAACGAAAAAAAGCCUUUUUGAAAUUUAAUAUUGACGUCGCUUCGUAUAUAUGAGAGAAUGAAUAAAAAAAAAGCAUUUAUUCACGUGAGAAUUUUUAUAAUUGAGAACAAAUUUUUUUUUGCUAUUGCUAUUUAUAAUUGUAAAUUUAGAUUAAUUUGAGGAGGUAAAUUUUCUUUUUUUUACAUUGUCGUUGUCAUCAAUUUUUUAAGGGCUCUAGCAAAGACAUCGAAAUCGAGGAAUUGUAAUUGUUUUUUUGUUUUUACCCAAAAAAAAAUCACGAUUUUCAUUCUAUGAAAAUA